CUCGCAAGCCUACUAGAUAGCAUCGUAUAGUAUUCCAACAUCGCUUUCAGAUACCUAAUCAAAGAAUGCCAUGCCACUUAAAUAAAAUCGCGAUCGUCUCUUGUUUCGCGCGAAGUUUACAAAGUUGCGGUAUUAACACGACGGACGGUAUCAUUUUUUGUUUGUUUUUGCUAACUUAGCUGAAAGAUUAACAAAAAAAUUUUUUCUCGGAAAAUGAACUGUCUGUGGAUUGUUAUUUGAUUAUGUUUUGGUGUCUGGUGCGGGGUGAAAUGUAGAAAGAUAAUUAUAGUGAAAAUUUUCGAAAAUGUACGCGUUUGUGAUUUUUAUUUUGAUUUUGGGAAUCGACAUCACGUUUUCCCAAACCAUCAGAACAACAUAUAUUUGUCCAGAGGGAUUCAAGUCAAUAGGAAGAAAAUGUUACUACUUCAGCAAGCAAUCCACUAUGUGGACCGAUUCUCAUUUCUACUGCCAAAUCUUAAACAGCACCUUGCUAGUGUUCAACUCCCUUAGGGAACAACAUUUACUUAAAGGGUUUAUAACUCAAGAUAACCACGCAACUGUAGACGACGCUGAACGAUGGAUAGAUGGUAUAUAUGACUGGCAAGAAGAAAAAUGGAAAUGGGGUUCAAAUGGCAGGCACAUUGCUGAUAAUACUUUUACAAGAAGAAAUAAAGGAGACCAAUUCAGAUGGAACUGUAUAGCCUUAAAUGGUGCACAAAAUAAUAAAUGGAUUGCAAACAGAUGCACAGAAAAGAAACCCUUUAUUUGCGAAACAGAAACAAACGUCUUCGUCGAAUUCAAGCUUUACAAUAAGAAAAAGAGAAAGUUUAAUAUCACCAAAUGUUCAAGUGGGGAAAUUUUAGAAGACUAUGAAAAAAGAAGAUGCAUAAGGUUGCUGGGAAGAACAGAAAAUGAACCUGAGUCACUGACAAUGGAUGAUCCUAAAAAAUUAUUAUCCAAAAAACGAAACCAUGACGGUUGGGUCUGUCCUUCUCACAUGAUUAGUUUAGCAAAUCGCUGCUACUUCUUUAGCACUACAGAAGCUACAUUUAUGGAUGCUCAUUUUGAAUGCCGAAAAAAUGAUAGUAAACUCGCUAUGGUAAAAACCAAGAUGCAGGAUUACAAUCUGAGGAUAUUUUUAAACAACUUUAUUGAACGACAUGAUAGAUGGAUAGGCGGUAUAUACGAUUGGAGAACGACGAAAUGGCGAUGGGCCAUGACGAGUCAGCCACUUACGUACAGAGGGUUCAAUAGUGCUGUAUUGAAAAGAAGACAACCUGAAAGUUUAGUCUGGAAUAGCAUUUAUAUGGAUCCAAAACUAGACAAUCAGUGGAAUGCAGCAAAUCAAAUGGAAAAGAAACACUUUAUCUGUCAAGUUAGGGCUAAAGGUGUCAAAAGCUUAGGACGUAAGAAACGUAAGCGAGCGGAUGCCACCAUUACCAUCUUGAAAGCAAAGAAAAGAGAACUUAUUAAUAGGGUAUAACCAAGUUAUAG